AUGAAGCCGUUCGAAUACAACGCAAGCCCUGCCCAUGUUAUUUUUGGAAGCGGUACUAUUAAACAUUUAGCAGCAGAAACUGCGCGACUGGGUGUAGAAGCGCCGCUACUUCUAUAUACCCCACGGCAAGAGAAACUCGUGGAUGAUGUGAAGAGUCUGCUUCAGGGAAAAGUAGCUGGAGCCUUUGACGGUGCCGUGAUGCAUGUUCCCUCGCACAUUACGGAGAAGGCUCUGCAGUAUGCACAGAAGCAAGGCGCGGAUGGCAUCGUAUCUAUCGGUGGCGGCAGCGUCAUCGGCUUGGGGAAAGCCAUCAGCUUCAGAACCGGACUCCGUCAUAUAUGCAUCCCGACUACAUAUUCAGGCAGUGAGAUGACACCAAUACUUGGAGAGACGCAUAAUGGAGUAAAGAGCACCAAGACAGACCCGAAGAUUCUCCCGGCAGCAGUCAUAUACGAUGUCGACCUCACGUUGUCGUUACCCGCCCGUCUGAGUGCCACGAGCGGAGUUAAUGCCAUCGCUCAUGCAGUGGAAGCAUUAUAUGCCCGCAACGGGAACCCAAUUAUCAACCUUCUAGCCCGAGAGGGCAUAAAGAGCCUCUCUACUGCACUGCCAGAAAUCAUGAUGAAUCCCCAGUCUGCUUCUGCGCGAUCUAAUGCUCUCUAUGGUGCUUGGCUAUGUGGUUCGUGCCUGGGAAGUGUUGGAAUGGCUCUGCAUCACAAGCUAUGCCAUGCUCUGGGCGGUAGCUUCAACCUGCCACAUGCAGAAACACAUACAGUCGUACUCCCUCAUGCCCUUGCCUACAAUUCUCCAAGCAUCCCUGAUGCAAUGGCUAUUCUGGCGGAGGUGCUUCCUGAUAGCGAAGGGGAUGCCAUUCGAGGUCUGAAUGCUCUUCUAGAAAAACUACAAGUAAAACGAGGGGCAAAAGAGUUCGGCAUGAAGGAGACAGAUAUUGACCAGGCCGCAGAGAUAGCAGUGAGGAAUGCGUACUGGAACCCCCGUGAGAUUCAGAAAGAACAUAUCAGGGAACUUAUUAGAAGGGUUUGGGCAGGCGAGGAGGCUCGUGUCGACCUAUAA